AUGGUCGCGGGUGACGCCUGUGUUGGCGUGAGUUGUCUCCUCGAUUCGGUUGGGUCCAUUCUUCGCAAGAGGGGUCUCGGCCCGAAACGUGGCCCGCCCGUGUUCUCCGGAGAUGUUGCCCGACCCGCUGAGUUACCCCGGCGCUGUGUGUCCUUCCUUGCAGCCAUUGACUGCGCGGUGGGCGCGUGGAUGCCGUGGACGGCCUGCAGCUCGCCCUGCGGCGUGGGGAGCAGGGAGAGGGAGCGGCUCGUCACCAUCCCGCCCAGGAACGGGGGCGCGCCCUGCCCCGACGUGAGGCAGCGACGCGGUUGCUACGGACACCACCCGGACCAGUGCCACUCCGUUAAAGAGGUGGCUAAGAUCCUGCCCGACACCUUCAAGCGGACCUUCAAGGACCCCUGGAAGAGGCCGCACAUGAUGGCAAAGGAGCAAAGGUCAAGUUACUGUGCUUACUUCCGGAUGAAGGAGGUGAGUGCGUCGUGCCACCGGGGAGUCUGGACCAACCACCUCUUCAGGGAGAAGAACGUCUGCGUGGAGUGUCAAGGAGAAGCGAUGGGGACCAGGGAUCGCUGCGAGGGAGACGGGCGGCAAGGGACAAGGACGUUCUGGAUCUCCGCCUCCCAUCCACGGUGCCACGGGUCAUGGGUGUUGGAAUCUAUGCAGAGGAACUGCAACUGCUCGCCAAAGUCUCUGAUCUUUGUCUAGUCCGUUCCCCCGAAGCAGAACAUUCGCCUCACAGGAGAGAGAGGGGAGAGAGGGAGAGAGGGAGAGGGGGAGAGAGGGGAGAGGGGAGAGGGAGGAGAG